AAAAAAAGACAACAUAUGUAGAUAUAACCGGUAAUAAACCCGUCCGGUGCGGGCCCCAUUAUCCAUCCUUCACAAAACAAAGGAAAACCACCUCAGCAACCUGCUCCUAGUCCUAUGUACUAUAUAAACACCGCUCUUCUCUCUCUUACCACCUACUCUUCCAUUCCACUGUAUUUCUCACCUAAGUCCAAUCUUAAUCUUAUAUUUCUUUCUCACUCCCUGCUCUUCGAAAUGUCAGGUGAAUUCUUUCGUUUCUAUACCUACUACUACAAUGUCAGGGAAGGUUGUCCAUAAUGUUUUUGUAUCACAGUGCUACCUACAGAAUAGACAAUUCGUCGGCACCCAAUAUCGAAGGGACAGUUGUGCCCCUUAUGUGCGCAACUUGCUUCCCUUUCAAGGAGGGAAGUUGGCAUGGACUGGCAUCUCUUCCAUGCAAUUGCACACCUUAUCAAAACACCAGAGUCCUUUUGUUAACAGAGGAACUGUUCACUGCAAUGUUGGUCCCACUACCUCUGCGGUGCCAUCUAUUGACACAGUUGAUUUUUUGAAGCUUCAAAAUGGCAGUGAUAUACGGGGUGUUGCUGUUGCCGGUGUUGAGGGAGAGCCCGUCAACCUCACCGAACAAGUUGCAGAAGCAAUAGCGGCGGCCUUUGCUGGAUGGUUAGUGGAAAAAAAGAAAGCUGAUGGCUCUCGACGUUUGAGAGUUUCAAUUGGCCACGAUUCCCGAAUAUCUGCACAACGGUUACAGGAUGCAAUUUCUCGAGGUAUUGCUGGUGCUGGCCUGGAUGUUGUUCAAUAUGGAUUAGCAUCUACACCAGCAAUGUUUAACAGCACACUUACUGAAGACCAUGGAUUUUUAUGUCCAGUUGAUGGAUCCAUUAUGAUAACAGCAAGUCAUCUGCCUUACAACAGGAAUGGAUUCAAAUUUUUCACAAAUGCUGGAGGGCUUGGGAAAGCCGACAUCAAAGAUAUCUUGGAGCGUGCUGCAGUUAUAUACAAUAAUUUUACAGUAGAAGGUUUGAUGAAUUCAAAGGAAAAAGCUUCUGCAUCUAUAAGGAGAGUUGAUUACAUGACUAUAUAUACAUCUGAUCUUGUAAAUGCAGUCCGCAAGGCUGCAGGAAACAUAGAGAAGCCGUUGGAGGGAUUCCAUAUAGUUGUUGACGCGGGGAAUGGAGCAGGUGGAUUUUUUGCUGCAAAGGUGCUUGAGCCUCUGGGGGCGGUUACUACUGGUAGUCAGUUCUUAGAGCCGGAUGGUUUGUUUCCAAAUCAUAUUCCAAACCCAGAGGAUAAGACAGCAAUGAAAGCUAUAACUCAGGCUGUUCUUGAUAACAAGGCUGAUUUGGGGAUCAUCUUUGACACUGAUGUUGACAGAUCUGCUGCUGUUGAUUCCACUGGCCGUGAGUUCAAUCGGAAUCGUUUGAUUGCCUUGAUGUCCGCCAUUGUUCUUGAGGAACAUCCUGGAACAACUAUUGUUACUGACAGUGUGACUUCAGAUGGUCUGACCACAUUUAUUGAGAAGAAACUUGAUGGGAAGCACCAUCGGUUCAAAAGAGGCUACAAAAAUGUCAUUGAUGAAGCUAUUCGUUUGAACUCUAUUGGUGAGGAGUCGCAUCUGGCUAUUGAAACCAGUGGCCAUGGAGCUCUCAAGGAGAAUAACUGGCUUGAUGAUGGUGCAUAUCUCAUGGUCAAAAUCUUGAAUAAGCUUGCUUCAGCCAGAGCUUCAGGAAUGGGUGGUGGCAGCAAAGUUUUAACUGACCUGGUACAGGGUCUGCAGGAAGCAGCUUUUGCUGUAGAAUUAAGAUUGAAGAUCAAUCAGAAUCACCCAGAUCUCAAAGGAGGAUCUUUUCGGAACUAUGGAGAGGCAGUGCUGAAACACUUGGAGAACUCUAUCGAAUCAAAUCCAAAGCUUCAAAAAGCCUCUGUUAAUUAUGAAGGGGUCCGAGUUUCUGGCUUUGGGGGUUGGUUCCUUCUUAGACUAUCACUUCAUGAUCCUGUGCUUCCCCUUAACAUUGAGGCACCAAGCAAUGAAGAUGCUGUCAAACUUGGGCUUGCUGUGCUCACUGCUGUUAAUGACUUCUCAGCUCUAGAUAAAUCUGCCCUGGACAAAUUUGUCCAGGUAUCAUAGAGGAGCUAUCCAAGCAGCGAACUCUGAGACUUAUGUCCACCUUUGUCUUGAAAUGGUUGUACCCCUCAGUGAGGCUGAUCUGCAACUUUGAUGCUGGCUAAUUAGAUGCUAUGAAGUUCAAGGGUCUUGGAGACAAUUGCCUCAAGAUGCCACUAGAAUAUUGCAAUAUAAAUGAGUUUUCCAGGCAUAGAAGUUCAGAUAUGAAUAAUAAAAAAUUCCGAAUGACAUGACUUCUUGCGAGAUUUUUAUCAUCGUUGUCAUUGUAAUACAUUGCAGUUUUGGAUUGCUAUGUAGUACGUACUCCGACUUUCUUAACCAUCCAGAUUUAUGAUGGGCA